CCGACCACGGAGUUCGAAUUCUAAAAUCGUUUUGGAAUCGUUCCGCGAAAGAGAGAAAGGGAAAUAGAGAGAUUCGAGUUCCCAAUCAGAAAAAAACGCCAAGGAGAUCUUCUUUUUUGUUAAAUCCGAGAGUUUUCCUUUAACAAUCGUAUCGAAUCUCAGGUUGGAGUAGCUCUAGGAGCUGAAGUCCUUGGGGAGAGAUCCGAUUCUCUCCUGAUUUUUUACGUAUCCAUGGCGAUUCGGUGGUCGAAGCUGUGUAUUGUAUUGUUCGCACUGUCUUACGCCAUCUGCGUCAUUGCCGGGAAGAGCUACUACGAUGUGUUGCAAGUCCCGAAAGGUGCGUCUGACGAACAGAUCAAGAGGGCUUACAGGAAACUCGCUUUGAAGUAUCAUCCCGAUAAAAAUCAAGGAAACGAGGAAGCCACUCGCAAAUUCGCCGAGAUCAACAACGCUUAUGAAGUGCUAUCGGAUGAGGAAAAGAGGGAGGUAUAUAACAAGUACGGUGAAGAAGGGCUAAAACAGUUUGCUGCAAAUGGAGGACGAGGAGGAGGAGGAGGGGGCAUGAAUAUGCAGGACAUAUUUAGCCAGUUUUUUGGUGGAGGUUCGGCGGAGGAAGAAGAAGAAAAGGUUGUCAAGGGUGAUGACGUGAUUGUGGAACUUGAGGCGACUCUAGAAGAUCUAUACAUGGGAGGCUCUGUAAAGGUAUGGAGGGAGAAGAAUGUCAUAAAACCAGCUCCUGGAAAGAGAAAGUGUAACUGCAGGAAUGAGGUUUAUCACAGACAAAUUGGUCCUGGAAUGUUCCAACAGAUGACAGAGCAGGUCUGUGACCAAUGCCCAAAUGUUAAGUACGUACGCGAAGGAUACUUUGUCACAGUUGAUAUUGAGAAAGGAAUGAAAGACGGAGAGGAAGUGUCUUUCUACGAAGAUGGUGAACCCAUUCUCGACGGUGAACCUGGUGACCUUAAGUUCCGAAUCAAGACUGCACCACAUGCCCGCUUCCGGAGAGAUGGCAACGAUCUACACAUGACCGUCAACAUCACACUGGUUGAGGCGCUAGUUGGUUUUGAGAAAUCAUUUAAACACUUGGAUGAUCACGAAGUUGACAUCAGUUCCAAGGGAAUUACAAAGCCCAAGGAAGUGAAGAAGUUCAAAGGAGAAGGGAUGCCACUUCACUACAGCACAAAGAAAGGCAACCUCUUUGUCACUUUUGAGGUUUUGUUUCCUUCUUCUCUCACUGAGGAGCAGAAGAAGAAGAUUAAAGAAGUAUUGGCUUAGUACUUCUCUCUCCCCUCUCUCUCUCUCUCUCUCUAGAAGCUUGGGGUUUAAAGAGGAAUCGUGAUGGUACUUAAUGUAACAUGACUAGGUUUUUAAUAUAGAAAGAAAAAAAGGGGAGACAAAGAGGAAGAUGAGAAAAGCCACGAGUUGGUUUUGAUCAGAUUGUCUUUUUAUUUGUUUCUGUACUACUAUUUUCUUCGCUUUUGUUAAUCAAAUUAGUGCAGUUUUGGAUUAUUCCUGUGAAUUCUAUUUUCCAAUACUCGUUUUUUGUGUGUGCUAGUUAUAACUGAAUCAACCAGGAAUAAUUUUUUUUAUUAUAGAAA